UUUGGUGAUUCCAUUGAAGGCACCUACGUUUGUUUCGGAGGCAACUAUACUACGGAGGAUGUUCUUCCGAGCUUAGAAGAACAAGGAGUGCCUCAACUUUAUCCCAAAGAUUCUAAUGUUGAUUACAAGAAGGAACUCAGGUCGUUGAAUAGAGAACUACAGUUACAUAUACUGGAGCUUGCUGAUGUUCUUGUUGAUAGACCUUCUCAAUAUGCAAAGAGGAUUGGUGAAAUUUCUUCAAUCUUCAAGAAUUUGCAUCACCUUCUCAAUUCCUUGAGGCCUCACCAAGCGAGAGCAACGCUUAUUCACAUUAUGGAACUUCAAAUUCAACAGAGGAAACAAGCCGUGGAAGACAUUAAGAGGAGAAGAGAAGAAGCACAACGACUUCUAAAGGAUGCUUUCGUCGCUUUGGAUGGAUAAUAAAGUGAUGCUUUUUUUAACCCAUUUUGUGUAAAUUAGCGCUAAUAAUAACCUUUGCCCUCGAAACUCAUUUUGAUUGUGUUUAAUUUGGCAAUCAACCAAUACACUGUAAGAUC